AUGCGCUCAUCGCUGUCCCUCCUUGCCGCUGUUUCCCGCGGACAGGCCUCCCGUCUGAGGAAGCCCACCGUGAGCUUGGAUCAUUUCAUCCAGAGGCAGCGGGUGCUCUCCUUAUGGCGCGAAAUCGUCAGGGCAGUAAAUAAGAUCCCGCCCUCGUCAACGCGAGACGAGCUGCGCAGCUAUGCGCGUCAUGAAUUUGAGCGACAUCGCGAAGUGUCGGACCUAGUAAGUGGUCCUUUGGUCAGGAAUGGAAUCAAUUACUGA